AGCAGAUGCGGGUCUUAUUUGUUCUCUCCGGCAGGAGGGCGUUCCUCCUCCUCCUCCUCCGAAGAUACUAACACAGUGUGGUGAAUUAUGCCGGUGUACCGAUUCAUAUUUAGAUGCUGACCGAGCUCAGGCUGUAUCUCAGAGUUGUUAACACCCGGAUCGGGCCUCCCUGGAUGUUAGCCUUCCUGGUGUAUCACUGCCGGGGGAAAGGCGACAGAGUAGGCCAGGCUCGAAGACAUGGAGGCUAACCGUCCUUGCAGAGGGAGUGAGCUGUAGGACGUGGUGAUUUCUUCAGGGUGUCGGCGCUCCUAGAAUGGACCCUGCCCACAUCGGAGGGGAUAUGUCACCUCUGUAUGUGCCAAGAAAAAGAAAGUCUGUCCAGUCACAACCUAAAAGUGGAGUGCCAUGUCCAGUUGUUCAGCGAAUGCCAGAAAGAGCCUGUGAAUCAGAUGCAGUUGGAUUCCAUAAGAAUGACGAGUCUGAAGACCAAGAUGCUCUAAAGAUGAAAAGAACUUAUGGUAGAAAAAGGUAUGAGGACCUCCAGAGUGUUUCCAUAGGAACAGUGGAUUACCCAACCACCAGCUGCUCAGUGAUGUCAUCAGGUGACCUGGCCAAUGGUGUGGACCCCGGAUCCAUGGCCCCGCCUUCAGCGAGGCUACCUCCAAGGCUGGUGGCGAAGGAUGCGUGGCCUCAAGGCCCAGACGCCGGCAGGGAGCAGUCCCAGCCUCAGGACCAGAGCUGGAACCCCAGCAGGGACAGGGGCCCCGAUGCUUGGGCCGCGGGCAGAGACCGACCCCAGGAGCAGGUCUGGAACUCUGGCAGAGAACGAGUGGGACACUCCAGUCAAGACCAGACAUGGAUAGCAGGCAGGGACAGAGCUCAUACUGGGCAGGACCAGGCCUGGAUGACAGGUAGGGACCGAGGUCCUGAACAAGGCUGGGCAGCUGGCAGAGACCGAGGCCAGGAUCAGGCCUGGAACGCAGGCAGGGAUCCAGGACAAGACCGGGCACCGUCAGGGCCAGAGCAGGCAUGGGGAUCUGCCCGAAACCAAGACCAAGCCUGGAGCAACACGAGCAGAGACAGAGGCCACGUCUGGAGACCUGACUUGAACAUGAAGAAGGUCCAGAGAGUGGAGACGGAGCGAAGCCCUCCUGUUAAUAACUUUUCACAGCCACCAGAGGGCAGAGACUCCCGUUCAGAUGCAGCCAGUGUAUGUGAGGCCUCGACAGCCCAGCCCAGCGAGGAGCAGAAACCUCCGGUUCCCUCCACCAAGAAGGAGCCUCCUACCUACCCUCCAGGAAGUCAAGAGGAGCGCUGGCAGCUCCAGAUCAUGGCCAAAGGCAGAGUCACCUGUCCCAAAUGUAAGAGUGUGAGCAGGAAGACUGUGGAGGGACUGAAGAAACACAUGGAGAACUGCCGACUGCAACCGUUCACCUGUCAGCACUGUGGGAAACAGCUCAAGUCUUCAACAGGGAUGAAGUAUCACAUCAUGGCUGACCACAGCCACCUGCCUUCAGCAGACGAUGCCAAGGACCUGGACGAUCGUGCCAUCAAAGACAAACUGCGUAAAAUCCUGAAGAGGCUGGGCAAAUUAAAAUGCUCUAAAGAGGGCUGUAAUGCAGCAUUCACCAGUAUUAUGGGCUAUGUAUACCACAUGAAGAAGUGUGGGAAGGAGGAGUCAGAGCUGGAGAAGAUGUUGCUGAAUUGCUCACACUGUGGGAAGGCAUACAAAUCCAAGGCUGGUCUGGAGUACCACCUUAAAUCAGAGCAUGCUCCUACGCCCCAGAAGACUGUGGAGGACGAGGCUCUGAAGGCCCAGAGGGAGGCCAACCCGGAGAGGACGGCCAGCGGCAGGGUGCAGCGAGCCUCGGCACAGGUGGCCAACUUCCACCUGGCCGAAAUUGCCAACAAUGAGCUGCCAAAAGACUGGCCCAAGAGGAAGUUUCAGUCAGACCUGGUGCCUGAUGACAAAAAGUUGAAAUAUGCCCGACCAGGGCUCCCGGCCUUCAGCCAGGAGGUGCUGAGGAAGUGGAAGAAUGAGGUGAAGCUGCAGAGGAAAGUCCAGUGUCCCAACCAGGGUUGUGACUGCACCUACACCAGUGUGUCUGGGCUGAAGGCUCAUCUGGGACUCUGUACAAGGGGCGACUUUGAGGCUGGAAAAUACAGAUGUCUCAUCUGCAAUAAAGAGUUUAACUCUGAGAGUGGAGUGAAAUAUCACAUCAACUCUGUACAUUCACAGGACUGGUUUGUCACAAACAAAAAGGCCUCCAAGAAGUUUGAGAAGUUCCUCAAAAACCAGCCCAAGGAGCCUGUCCAUAAUGUGGAGAAGCAGACUGUGGAUCAGUACCACCAUCACCAUUUCCAGCAUCAUCAGCAGCAACAUCACCACCACCACCACCAUCACCACCAUCAGCAGCAGCAGCAUCAUCAGCAUCAGCAUCAGCAUCAGCAUCAGCAUCAGCUCCAGCCCAUGCAGCACCCUCUGCAGCCACUGCAUCACCUGCAGCACCAGACCCAGCUCCUCCAUCCAGAGCACCAGAACCUCCCUCCUCAGGUGGACACCCAGCUCCAGCAGCCGAUGCUCCACUACACCCCUCUAGAGCCUCCUGCAGGACCAUUAUGGGUGGAUAUGGACCGGAGAGGCGUCAUGCCAGGGCCAGAGCAGGCCCCUAUCGAUAUGGAGAUGGCUGAAGUUGACAGACCUGGAGAGGACACCAGCACGAUGGUGGCGGUUAAAAGAAGAAAGAAGGGGGAGAGAGGAGGAGAGAGGGGGAAGGCUGAUGGGAAGCGGAAGGAUUGCUUUGCUUUGGGAGGUGGAGGUGGUGGUGGUAGUGGCGGCAGCAGCAGCAGCAGCAGCAGUAGCAGCAGCAGUAAUACCGGCAGCUCAUCCAGCGAAUCAGAGGUGGAACAGCAGGACAGACAGAGACAGACUGACCAGUGGAAUCUGAAACGUCCGGGCAUCAUGGAACCGCACCCCGAGGCUGGGAAGCGACAAAGGAACGCUUAAAAGGUCCUAAAAGGUGUAAAGGACAUUUUCCUUUACAUUCAUCAGAUGCUCUGAUGCACCAGAGCUGAUUUUAACAAAAGCAGAAAAUGAUACCAUCUGGAGUCCGUCCACACUUUAUUAGUUGAGACCGUUCGACAUGGAAGAAAACAAACCUACGUUUUUUUUUGACAAGGCAAACAGGUAAGAAUGCAGCUUGUGACAGAGCUGCAGUUUGUAACUUCUCAUGUUGUGGAAGCUGAGAAAGCUUUAGGGGAUGAUUCGUACCUGUGAGGAGACCGCAGAGUGUCACUGUGGAAAUGAGACACGUCUGGUUCAGAGGCUGUUUGUCUGUAUUGAAGUGGUUGUCACUGUAUAGCCCCGAGAAAUGUAGUUAUACCGUUUAUCUGUGUGUUUAUAUGUAAAAGAUUCUUUUCAUCAACUUUAAACAUGUCUCAUUCUUUUAAAACGUUUAUGUUUACGUUAAAGGGAAAAAGUUGCUCUGAACUGAAGAGAGGAUGCUUCACUAUAGUAUUUUGUUAGACUCGUCUAGUCGCUCUCUCUGAAAACAUUUUGUGCCUCUUAAAUAUAAUAUAUAUAUAUAACUUCAUACUACUCAUCACUUUUAUUACAGCUAAUUGGCCUUUUCUGGGCUGAACAACGUAGGAAGUAUUAACUUUUCUGCUCAAAUUUGAUAGAAAAGAGGAUCAGUUCUCCCUGGCCUGGAUUCCCUCACCUUUCUCCUCCUGUGCCAUAUUUCUUUAUCUUUUUCCUUUUUUUUUUUUUUUUUUUAACUGUAAAUUGACCAUGAAUGGAGUUUGGUUCUUGGCUGGCAUCAGGCUUCCAAUGUUUGCACCUGUGUAGUGGCUCAGUGCAGUUACAUGAGUUCAAAGAAGCGAAGAGAACUGAAGCAAAAAGGCAAAAACUUAACAGAUGUACGACCUUAACAUUUAGAAGAGCAGUGAGUGAAGCCCAGCUCUAAAUGUAGGUUUGAGAUGUGUUCUUGUAGUCUCUGAAAAGUUGCUGAGAUGUGGGAAUCUUUAAUUUUCAAAAUAUCAAAAUAAUAAAUUUUCCGGCGAUUAGCUAAUUGAUCUAAUCUGAUCUUCUUCUCUGAUCUUUGUGUUAAGAAUGAACUUUAAGGCUCAAUUUUUAAAUCAUUUUAAACAUUCCAAGUUGGACUGUUGUUCACUUAACAGACAAAUAUCAGCAGGGAAUCAAACAAAGCACAGAAUUAUAAUGGUUCUUAAUGGUUCAUCGAGAAACAACGGCCAAUAUUUACAUAUGACGUUAGAGUGCAGAUACGUGGUCAGAGUGGAUGAUCACACGUCCUCCACCUCACUGACACACACAUUGAGGUGAAGGAAGGCUAACAGACAUUUAAAUGUGGAGGGUGAGUGUUUUUCCGGUUGUUCUUCAAAGACAGAUCUGCUUUUGUCUCACAGAAUAUUUAACCAAUAGCAUGUAGCCUAAUGUUUAUGUACUCUGCAUUUUGUAUUUACUAUAGUGGCGUAUGGUAAUGGAUGGUUGUCACUGUCAUUUGUUUGUGACGUUUAAACACUAAUUUGUGUAUAUAUAUAUUUUUUACAACUUUUUAGCAUUUCUGAAUGUAUCUGGUUAUUAGUUUCCCUUCUGUUGUGCACUUCUGUCCAACCAGUUUUCCUCUACAAAGGAGAAUUCAUUAAUCAUUUAUCAUAUUUAUAUAUUGGGUUGGAUUUGAAACAUUCAAAGAGGAUUACCCUUUAAUCUGUGAAUCUGUUUAUAACAAACUGUAAAAAAAUAUUUACUUUAUCUGAUUCUUUACAAAGUGCUUUACCCUUCUUUGCCCUCCAUCAGAUGCCUUUCAGAAGAACAGCCUGUGUUGUUUAAGGUUAAAAUAGAAAAUCUCCAGGUACAUGGGAAGUAUUUCAAAAAGCAUGUUUAUGUUUUUGUGUUAUUCACCGUGGAUCUCAUGAACUUGUGGAAAGCAAAUCCAUCACUGCUUACUGAUUUCCAUUAUUUUAUUGGAUUUAUUGGAUCCAAGCAACAUUAUUUUGGUUCCCUCUCUCCUCCUGUUUGCUUUCUCACUGACUUACUGUACGUGUUUUCCUGUUGCUCUUGAAAUACUUUCCAUGUCCAAUAAGCUUGUGACCAAAUCUUUUAUCACCAUGCAUGCACUUUGAACUGUUUGAUGGCACAAAGAAAAGCAUUGCGCAGCAUUAACAGACUACACGUAUUUCAAAAAGAACCCUGGAUCCCUGACUAUAUUUUCUUUUAUACUUCAAAACAAAAAAGGGUCCAUGUGAAAUCAGAGCUCAAAAUCAGACAUUUAAUGGCUUAAAUUUCUUAUUUCAUUGGAUAAACAACCGUCGUAAGGCUCAGACAUGUUCUCACUGUGUUAAAAGCAUUGAGGCUUGGACAGUUUGUCUCGGUACUUUGCACCUUGUCUUCCUGCUGUUACUUUAUUUAUGGUACAGUAUGUUUUUCUUAAUGCUGCAGCUCAGUCCUAUCAUCCAGAUUUAGUAUAAAUAAAAAGAGUGCAGAGAGCUAGGGAGGGGCAGCAGAAGUUUUUUUUCCUCAUAAAACCUUCAGCUCCUGCAGAUGCUGUGUUUCAGGUUAAAAUCGUUGAUUUGGUCCCGACCUCAUGAACUGAAGUUUGUUUUGAAAAAGGUUUCAGUCGAGAUGUUUGCUGGAAAUAGAAGUUGUGUUAUUGACCGUACAGUAAAGAAGCUCUGUGCGUUCCAUGAAGAAUGAAAAUAAUGAAAAGCUGUUCUCAUGUCUUGUCCCCCGUCGCCACCAUAAAGAGGAUAUUCAGUUAUAUAUGAUCUGGGUCAGAUUUGAAUUAAGAUUCAGUUAGUAGCCUUGUACAGUAAACACAUAAAGAAAGCACUUAACUUUUUUCAUUGUGUGAGACAUGAUUUCUAUUCAAGUGAAAACAGUUAUUGUCUCAGCUGACACUACAUUAAAAAAACUGUAUAUUUAAUAUGUUAUUACUUGUUUUUUAGAGGUUAUGUGCUGCUAUUUCAUAGUACCAGCAGUGUUAUAACAACAGAUAAUUAAAGGUUUA